AUGUAUAAAAAUCAAAAACACUGGUUAAAUAAAGCCAUAACUGAUGGUCAUAUAGAUGUAAUCCAAAACACCUCUUUACAACAUGUAGAACUGAUUGCAGAAGGAACUUUUGGAAAGGUUUCAACUGCUUAUUUGCCAAACUUGGGGAACUUAGUAGUUAUAAAACCUUUGUUUGAUCAUAAUAUUGAUUUAAAUAAUAAUAAUGAUCCAUAUUUUUCAAAUUAUCAUCAAUCAUAUAAUGAUUUUGUUCAAGAUAGAUAUUUUAUGGUGUUGGAACAUGCAAAUGGCGGUACACUUGGAAAUUAUUUGCUUAAAGCCUUUAAUUUAUUAGACUGGAGAUUAAAGAUUCAAAUGGCCAUUCAAAUCGUUGAAGGAAUAAAAUUUUUACAUGAAAAUGGAAUUGUGCAUCGUAAUUUGCAUCCAAACAAUAUAUUAAUAAAUAAUAAUGUGUUGAGGAUAACAGAUUAUGGGUAUCCAAUAAAUUCGAAAUAUUGUUAUUCGUCAAAAAAAAUUACAACGAUUCCAUAUAUCGAUCCAGCAUGUUUAAGCGAAAAAAUUUGCGACGAUAUUCUUAAAGGAAAAAGAGAAUUACCGAUAAACAAAACCCCCAUAGAAUAUAUAGCGUUGUAUGAAAGUGCAUGGCUUGGAGAACCGUAUGAUCGGUCUGUGGCUAGUGUAAUACUUGGAAAACUUUUAAAUAUGAAAUUAUUUCCCGUUUACACACAACUACGCUAUACUGCCGCUGCUAUUGCUAAUCAACGUCGUUUUUCCACAUUCGAUGUUCGCAAUAACUUUAAUAACUACAAUAUUGUUAAUAAUAGUAAUCAUAGAAAUACUAUUUACACAGAAUCGGACAUGAAUAUUAUUACGAGCAAUGCCACAAUUCUAAACAAUAAUAGUUCAAAUAAUUCAUCUAAUAUAAAUACGCCUCAUAGUUCGGGUGAAUGGUAUCAAAUACAAACUGCAGCUUCUUCGUCAUCUUCUAUUUCAUCACCUCCUUAUAAUAAUAGUCAUUAUAAUUACCAUCAUCACAAAAAUAAUAAUCGACAAAAUCAGUCAGAAUACAUCAUCACUCCAAAUGAUUCAAUAGUUUCAUCACCGACAAAAAUCGCCAGUAUUGAUAAUAAUGAUGAAUCGAGAACAUUGCCAUCGAGAAAGAAAUCUUUUGGUCCUCGUGUUCCUUCAAAACCGAUAACAUAUAUUAAUAGAUGUGAUGAAACAAUACAGAAAUAUAGAGAAAAUUAUGGGAAUCUAUUAGGUUUUGAAGAUCCUAAUGAAUGUCAUGCAGGCCUUCAUGCAGGAAUAGGAGACGCAGAAGGAUUAUUAUUUCACCUUGAUACAAAAAAUGAAGAAACUGAAGAACCAUAUCCAUUUGUUCAAUCCCAUGAAAAGCUUUUAAUAAUUGCAGCAAGGUAUUGUCCUGGGCAAAAUAUCGUCUCAAUCUUUAAUGUUUUAAAAAAAAAAGGAUCAAAUUUUGGCGCAAGAAUGCAGUCAACUAAUAAAAAUGCACUACACUCGGUAAAAUAUGUUUUAGAUUCUAUAAAAACAUUAGUGAAAUAUGGAACCAAUAUCAAUGAAAUAGAUCGUGACGGUAGGACAUUGCUUUCUUAUUAUCUAACUGAAACUAUUGAUCUUGAAGUUAAAUUUUCAAUUAUCAAAACAAUAUUGGAAAAUGGAGGAGAUCCAAACAUCCCGACUGAUAUUUAUUAUGUGUCAGGUGAACAUUUCUCGGCGCCAAAUUCAUUAUUUUUCGCUAUUGGAUUUGAUUGGUCACUAAAAAUGUUCAAAUUGUUAGUGGAAAAAGGUGCUAAAGUAACAAAUGUAAUAAAUCAUUCAGGUGAUAAUUUGUUGUCGUUAACAGUUAAAAAAGAAAGAUAUGAUAUAUUAAGUUGGUUAAUGGAAAACAUUCAUGAUGAAAUAUCUGAAGAUGAUGUUAAAUUAGCAUUGAAACAAUGUUCAAAAAUUACAAAUAGAGAAAAAAAAUUAUUGAAAUCUUUCAAAAAACCUAAUCCAUCAGGAACAGCGUCACCACCAUCAAUGUUAAAAGUUAUUGGAAAAGGAAUAAAAAAUAUGUCCUUAAAAUCAGAUAGAUAG